AUUCUCCAAUCUCCAACUCAAUUGCCAUCUUUGUGUGUCCUCCGCUGCUCUCAACCUUCUGUGUUUCACCAUGGCAUCGGAGAAGAAGCUAUCCAACCCAAUGAGGGAGAUUAAAGUCCAAAAACUUGUCCUCAACAUCUCCGUCGGUGAAAGCGGUGAUCGUCUCACACGCGCCGCCAAGGUUUUGGAACAACUCAGUGGUCAAACCCCCGUCUUCUCCAAGGCUAGGUACACUGUGAGAUCUUUUGGAAUCAGGCGUAACGAAAAGAUUGCAUGCUACGUGACUGUUAGGGGAGAGAAGGCUAUGCAGCUUCUUGAGAGCGGUUUGAAGGUUAAGGAGUAUGAACUUUUGAGGAGAAACUUCAGUGAUACUGGAUGCUUCGGAUUCGGUAUCCAGGAGCACAUUGAUCUUGGUAUCAAGUAUGAUCCUUCAACUGGUAUUUAUGGUAUGGAUUUCUAUGUUGUCUUGGAACGGGCUGGAUACCGUGUUGGUCGUCGUCGCAGGUGUAAGUCACGUGUUGGAAUUCAGCACAGAGUUACCAAGGAAGAUGCCAUGAAGUGGUUCCAGGUCAAAUAUGAAGGUGUCAUCCUUAACAAGUCUCAAAAUAUUGGAGCUUAGGGAUAGCAGUCGCAAGUUAAGUUGUUUUGGUUAUUUGAUUUUGACUAUUUUCUGUAUCAGCUUUUUUGUUUUUUCUGAAUAGAUUUAUGAUUGACUUGAAAAUCCAAAGUACUUUCUUUGCUGGUUUAGCAUUUGACAACAGGAGAAAAGGGGGGUUGGGGGGAAAUUAGUUUCCCUUCUCUUUUUACCUCAAUGAUUGAAGUUCAUUCUCCCC